AUGGAAUAUAAGACAGGAAAACUUCCUUCAUCUAAAGCCACUCUUCCCUUCAGGGUGGCAAAUAAGUUGAGGCGUCAAGACCUCCAUAUGAAACAGAAAAAAGCGCGCGAAUCUCUGCGCAGAGAUGAACGAUUCAAGCGUAAGAGGGAAGAGGACAACAAUCCAAAAUUAAGAAAAGAAAGACUCAUCAGAAAUAUUCCACACACCAUUGAUAACAAGCGGACGUGGGAUGAUACAGACGAUGAUGGACUGGGUGUCAGCAUUGAUGUUGAGCAGCUCAAGAGACGAAAACUCGAAGAGGCUGAACGAGAAAAGCUAGAGCCUCUCGCAGCUGAAAAAGAAGAUAAUGGUGAUGAAAGCGAUGUGGACAGCAUGUUGGACUUCGAUACGGAAGAUGACGAUAUAAACACUAAAAAUCCACGUCGCGCACCAUCUAUUGCACCGUCGUGCACCAGUACAAAUCUAGACCUCACUCCAACAUCGCUUGCCAUUAAAUUUCCGACGCUCUUCACUGAUACUGUGCCUCCUUAUCCGAAGAUUCUGAUUACUACUUCUAUCAACUCUAAUCUUCACCACGAAGCAGACCUUCUUUGUACACUUUUCCCUAAUAGCACUUACAUUCCUCGCUCUUCUCAUCGCUACGGUCACAAGUUUUCUCUCCGUGAGAUUUCUAAAUUUGCCAGUAAUCGUCAGUAUACGUCCAUCAUUUACCUCCAGGAAGUUCAAAAGAAACCAACGGGACUCACAGUCGUGCAUCUACCAUCAGGUCCGACUUGUCAUUUUAGCAUCGCCAAUUGGGUUGAUGGCAAAAAACUACCUGGUCACGGAAAUCCUACUAAUCACUACCCCGAACUCAUCCUCAACAAUUUCCGAACACCCUUGGGACUUUUGACAGCACGACUCUUUCUCACACUUUUCCCGCCUCAACCAGAAUUUCAAGGAAGACAGGUCGUGACUCUGCAUAAUCAGCGAGAUUAUAUUUUCGUCCGACGCCAUAGAUAUAUUUUUAGGGAGAAACGUGAGACCGAGAAAAGUGUAGUAGGCACAGACGGUGAGGCAGUCAAGGGCGUUGAGGGAAUUCGAACUGGGCUGCAAGAAUUAGGUCCACGUUUCACUUUAAAAUUGAGGAGGGUUGAUAAGGGAAUUGGACGCGCAGGUAGUGAGGGCAAGGACGCAGUACAAUGGCAAUGGAAAGCUGGAAUGGAGAAAAAACGAACACGGUUCAAUCUAUAA